AUGUCGCAAUCAUCAGUCAAUUCUUCUCCCCUCUCGUCGGUUCCCUCGUCUUCUCAGCUGUUCACACCAGUUGGCAUCAGUUCCUACAAGGCCAGAAUAGCCCUUCCAGAUGAAGUCUCAGGCAACGUCGUAGAAUCUGGAAUUGCCCUUGGCUCUUCUGUCGACUUCAGUCCCAUCGCUCAACCAUCAACCCCGAAUUAUACCCGUGCGGAAGUUGUCCUCGGUUCGCCCAUCGCUUCGAGCCCGAUCCAGUCACCCGGGAGUAUCAACCACAGUGGUUCUGCUCUGCCUGAGCUUGAUCUAAACGCACCCGCAAAAGUCGAAGCUGGUCUGGACUCACCUGCUAGUCUACCUGCUGCCACACAGUUCUCACUCAAAGAUUCCAGCAAGAGCGACUCUACUGCCGAGGAGGUUCAACCUACCGUGACAUCAGAGCCCAUCGUCACUCCAGACUCACCUGCAUCAACUAUAUCCAUCAUGGCCGAGACGCGUGCGCAAAAGCGAGCCCGCCAGGACGAUGGUGACGAAGGCACUCCACCACUCAAAAAGCCCGCGACAACGCGUGCAACAAAGCCCAAAGCAAAAGGGAAGGCGAAGACGACGACAAGGCAUACUCCCGAAGAGACUGCGUCAUCAAAUGACGCUCAGAAGGAUGAUAACCACGACGAGCUCCCCGCAAAGCCCGCCGCGACGCCAAAAGUAAGAGUAAAGCCUCCUCCAAAGAAGACCACACCCACCAGCAACGACGACAGCGACUCAUCAUCCGCAUUCGAGAAGCCCAUCGCCAGGCCAAAAAGGAAACCCACCCCCUCUCGAAAGAAGCCUUCCUCCAAGAAACCCACUCCCAAGAAACCCACGCCAACCAACGACCCCAAAGACAAAGACCCCACCCCCAGCACCAACCCCAAGCCCGCCCCCAAACCCAAAGCCCCCAAGAAACCCGUCCCACCACCACCCUCCAGCACGCGCCCAACCCGCACCUGCAACCCCCCCUCCCGCCUCAACCCAGCCCCACCCGCAGCAGCAAAACCCGCCCCCAAACCCCCCAGCAGCAAAGUCUUCGACCCAGUCUACAUAACCACACACCCCACCAGCCGCCUCGUAAAAGCAGACACAUACCACCUCCUCCUGUCCCCACUUGCAUGGAGCGCCCUAACCGCCGCGCAGCGCACACGCUUGGUUAGCAUGCUGCCGCCGUCGGGGGCGAACCGUGCGCUGCUCGAUCGUUUAUCUGCUGGGGAAGAUGGGGAUGGGGAUGGGGAUGGGGAGGAGGAUACAAGGCCAGCCGCGCUAACGGUGAAUAACGAUUGUUUUCGGACGGAUGUAGCGAAGUUCCAGGCCGAUCUGGAGAAUGGGCAUUUGGGGAAGACGUGGCAGGGUGCUGCGGAGAGGGCGGUUAGGGAGAGGGCUGGGGGCGAGUUUGAUGCGUGGAAGGAGGGGGAGGGGGAGAGGUGGUGGGGGCAGAAGGGGGGUGUUUGA